GAGCCGCAGUCUAUAACCGCUACUAAAACACUGUACAAUACUACCAUACGCUUCCUGAAGGCCUUGAUAGUUCGGCAGCUUUAUCUUUGUUUGUUUCUCUCUCUCUCUCUCUCACUUUGAUCUUUCAGAGAAAAGGUUUGAAGGAGGUUCGAGAAGAGCAUUGCCUGAAAUUUGAAACCUUGGCUUCCAAGAACACUAGAUCUAUGCAUUAGAUCUAUGAAUGUGAGCUAAUCUUUCAAUUUCAUAUGAAGGGAAACCUUGAAGCCCUGGAUAUUUUACUUCGACAACCCUAGCUCUUCUGUGUUCUGAUUUAGAUAGGUUUUACUUUACCAGUUCCUUCUCGGGGGAUACUAAAGUCAUGGCGAAUCGGUUUCUACUUUUUCUGUUAGUUGCAUUUAUGCUAGUUGGCUGCUCUCUCGCUCUUACAUUUUCUUCGAAGCUCAUUCAUCGUUUCUCUGAGGAAGCGAUGGCUUUACGGGUUCGUAGAAAUGGAGAGUUCUCUAGUUCAUGGCCUAGGCGGGGGAGUGUUGAUUACUAUCAGUUGCUUGCUAACAACGAUUUGCAGAGGCAGAGGAUGAAGCUCGGGCCACGGCAUCAGUUGCUAUUUCCGGCUGAGGGGAGCACUACGAUGGCUUUUGGAGAUGAGCUUGCAUGGUUACAUUAUACAUGGAUUGACGUAGGGACUCCAAAUGUUUCCUUUCUUGUUGCAUUGGAUACUGGGAGUGAUCUUCUCUGGGUUCCAUGUGAUUGCAUACAGUGUGCUCCUCUUUCUGCCAGUUACUAUAGUGUUUUGGUAUGCCAACUUCUUUAGUUUUCCUAUUUAUUUUUGUUCUCAUAGUUUGGUUUUAUAUGGUUUUGCCUUAAACUGAUUGUGUUUUUCUUAACUCUUGUAGUGCACACUGUUAUAUUUCUUGGUUUCCUUAUUCUACAUUUGGAUUGGCCUUUGUAUGUUAGAAUUCUGGUGGAGAGCAUUUUAUACAGUAUGUUGCCGCUUACCGAUAUGCAUCUAAGUUAGAAGGAAUGGGGAGCUAUACUUUCAAUGUAUUGUGAAUUUUGCCGGAUGCAUCCACUAAUUGCAAAAGAGCCUCUGUCAAAUUUACACUCCUUGCCCCUUGUACAAUGUGUUCGAAUGACAAAGUUUCAGUGACUGAAACAAUCCUUGGUGGAUAAUGGGAUUUUUAUUCACCUAAUGGUUUAAGGCUUACAAAACCAAAAUCAAAAGGUUUUAAGAUAAGUAGAAUGAAGACGGAGUAUAUGGUUUGUAACUUUAGUCACAUGAGGAAGGAUAAUGAGGUGGUGCCAAUUGAUGAUAGGGAUGUUCCACAAAGUGAUUAUUUUAGGUAUUUGGGCUCAAUCAUAAAUAAAGAAGGUGAUAUAGAGGAUGAUAUUACAUAAAGAAUUAAAUAGGAUGGAUGAAGUAGAGAGGUGUGUCUAGGGUGUUGUGCGAUUGACGUAUUCCUUUAAACUUAAAGGAAAAUUGUAUAGGACAGUCAUAUGACUGACUAUAAUGUAUGUGCGGAAUUUGGGCAGUUAAGAAGCAUCAUAUGGAUAAACUUAGUCUAGCGGAGUUGAGGAUGUUGAGAUGGAUAAGUGGUAAAACUAGGAAGGAUAAAGUAAGGAAUGAUUUUAUUAGAGUUGGUUUGGGAGUAGCUCCGGUACAUGAUAAGUUACGAGAAAGUCAUUUGAGGUGGCAUGACCAUGUUUAGUGGAGCCCUUUGGAUGCUUCAUUAUGGAGGAGUGAUUUAAUUUUGAUUGAAGUAUCUAAAAGAGUUAGGGGCAGACCUAAAAAGCUUUACUGAAAAUUUAACUGUACCAACAUUUGCUGCAAGUUCUAUACAUCAAAUAUCCAUACAACAAAUGGUUCCUGGAACAACCUUAUCGAGACUAUCAGCUCAAUCAAAAUCUAAUUAAACUAGUUGCAGAAUGGUGUAUCUUUGUAAAUUUACAUAUAGGGCAUUGUGUUUUGUCAUCCUUGUAAGUUGUAACUAUAGCUAUGCUAAGUGAAUCCUUGAAGUUCUUAUCUCCCCUCUGGGAUGGGGUGGGGUCAUAAACUUUGGACUGGAUUGCUUGGCUCAUUUUGUUUUACUUUCUGGCUAAUUAAGUAUUUAAAUAUGUGGCAUAGACAUUGGUAAAUAGACUUCACAAAACAUUCAAUGUAGUGGGUAUGAAAUAAAAAGCUUCUCAGUAACAUCUAGUGAAGAUGUCACUAUUGUCCAUCUCCUAAGUCCUACCUAGGUUCUUUUUCGUUUGGGUGGUGCUGGGUAAAGUUUUGGUAGCCAGCUAUGUGCAUUUUCUGGCAAUUUUUUAACAUUAUUUGUUUGCAGAGGGUAUAUUUGCUGGCCUGUUCUUUUGUAUUUUGAUAUUGCAAAUUCCAUUUUGGAUUUUGGUGUCUCAUCUUGUCAACAUGCUAUGAUCAAAAGAUGGAAGAAUACGUAGCUUGGAAUUAGGGGCUCCAUUCAUGAUAGAGUGGCACCGUUGGCUGUGGUAAUAUUUCAACAUCCCACAGGGUGAUGUCGGAUGGCUGAAGUAUGUUAUUUUGCUUUUUUGUUUUUACCACCAAAGAAGAAUCUUACCUUCGUUUUGGUCGAGUGCAUGGUAUAAUCCAUGGGUUUGUCUUUGUCCAUUAUAUGUCUACUCCGUGUAGUUGCU